UGCCACCCAUUUCCAGAGAGGACACAGCCUUUUUCAUCCCCUUCUCUCUACUCAUUCGCGAUUUUAAAUCAAUUUAUUUCUUUAUUUUUUCUGUUCUGAUUCAAAUUUCUGAUAGUUUUGUUUCUCUCUGAUACAAGUGAUUUAAGGGUUUUGGUUCCCUCGUGAAUUUCUUGAUUUAGCUUUUUUGGGAAAUUUCUGGUUUUGCUAACUGUCUUCGAGCUGAGAUUGAGAGUGAUUGGAACUGUUCCGGAGAGCAGUACGUCGAGUGAUUUCGUCGGAGAUCGUCGGAGGAAGUUUUUUUGGGCUUAUCGUCGCCAAAGAGGCGAUUUUUGAAUAGAAACGGUGGUUGGCAUUUUGGUAAGAAUUUGGUUAUCGGUGGAUCUGAUUGGGAUGUGGUGGAUGAUGGGAGAAGCUGGUGGACAUUACUGUUCUAAGAAGACUGAUGAUAUCUGUGGAGGCGUUUGUAGUCAGGAAACUGGUAGAUACUUCAGCUUUUCUAGACUUUGUUGUGCUCUUCGUGGUGUGGAUAUGAAGACAUAUAUCUUCCUAUUAGUGAUUGUUCCGACAUGUGUGCUCGCUGGUUAUGUCCACGGUCAGAAGAUUUCUUACUUUCUCCGGCCACUAUGGGAAUCACCACCUAAACCUUUUCAUGACAUUCCUCAUUACUACCACGAGAACGCUUCAAUGGAGACUCUUUGUAAACUCCAUGGAUGGGGCGUGCGAGAAUACCCUAGGCGAGUUUAUGAUGCGGUUUUGUUCAGUAACGAGCUUGACAUUCUCGCGGUUCGUUGGAGAGAAUUGUAUCCUUACAUCACUCAGUUUGUCCUCUUGGAAUCAAACUCGACCUUCACCGGUUUGCCAAAGCCACUUGUCUUUGCUGCGCACCGAGACGAGUUCAAGUUUAUCGAGCCACGCCUGACUUAUGGUACUCUUGGUGGAAGAUUUGUCAAAGGGCAGAAUCCGUUUUACGAAGAGGCGUAUCAGCGAGUAGCUUUGGAUCAGCUUCUGAGAAUCGCCGGGAUCACUGAUGAUGACUUGUUGCUAAUGUCUGACGUCGAUGAGAUUCCGAGUAGACACACCAUAAACCUUUUGAGAUGGUGCGAUGAGAUCCCUCGGAUACUUCACCUGCGGCUCAAGAACUAUCUUUACUCGUUCGAGUUUCUUGUUGAUAACAAGAGCUGGAGAGCUUCCGUUCAUAGAUAUGAGACAGGUAAAACACGGUAUGCUCAUUAUCGCCAGUCUGAUGAAAUCUUGGCAGAUGCAGGAUGGCAUUGUAGCUUUUGCUUUCGACGGAUCAGCGAGUUUAUAUUCAAGAUGAAAGCUUAUAGCCAUAAUGAUAGAGUGAGGUUUAGUCAUUUCUUGAAUCCUAAAAGAGUUCAAAGAGUUAUAUGCAAAGGAGCUGAUCUUUUCGAUAUGCUCCCUGAAGAGUAUACUUUCAAGGACAUAAUAGGGAAAAUGGGUCCAAUCCCUCACUCUUUCUCAGCUGUUCAUCUUCCUUCGUAUCUACUGGAAAACGCGGAUAAGUACAGAUUCCUCUUGCCAGGGAAUUGCAUAAGAGAAAGCGAAUGAUCGACCGAAUCUUCACCAAGAUCUUGUAUGUCUUACUUGUCAUUCAUCUAAAGACCUACAUUGAGAGGAAGCAAAGUUUGGCUUGAACUGAAUCCUCCUCAGGACUGAUAUAUGGCGUACAGCUACGUGAUAAGCGUGAGAUGAAGGGGAUCCAAGUCGAAGAACUUGUGCUGCGUUUUAGAGAAUCUUCAAGCUCAUCAGGAUAUUUGUUUGAUUGAUUUUUGUAUUAGUACAAGUACACGGCUACAGAACUAAUCUUCGAAUCAUCUAGUAUGUCAUUAAGAUGUGAGACGUGUGCUAUGACUUCAAAAGUGCUUUUUUUCUUUCUCUUACACAAAUUUAUAGUCGAAUAAAUCUUCACU